AUGGACCCCGGGGGCCCCCCUGUUGGUUACAAAAGCCCUUCUGCUGCUGGUGGAGUGGAGGGCGAGUCUCGACCUCUGCAUGGGGCUCCUCGCGGGGGGCCCCGAGGGGCCCCCGCCGGGGCUUCUUGCAGGGGCCCCCCGGGAUUCGGGGGUGUCCGUGGGCCCCCUGCGGGGCCCCAGACCCUCUCCGAGGGCCCCUUCUACCUGGGAAUGCAGGACUUCAGCUGCUAUACCCUCUUGGGACGCACAAGGGCCCUGGGGCCCCUAUCGGGGGAGGCUGAGGCUGCAGUCUUGGAGGGGGCCUCUCGGAUCCUCCGGGGGUACCGGCGAAGAGUCAGCGAAAUGCAGCAGCGCCGGAGGCAGCGGGCUCGGUUUUCCAGCAGCCAAGGGGCCCCCUGGAGGCCCCCCGGGGGCCCCCAAGCUGAGGGUCUUCCGGGGCCUCGUGGGGCCCCCUUGGCUUGUUACGAGCAGGAGCUGACGGGAGCCCCUGGGGACUUCGCGGCCCCAGCCAGCAGACUCGAGACCCUCUCCGGGGGCCUCCAGAGGCACGGGGGGGCCCAGGGGGAGCUGCUGCAGUUGCCUCUGGGGCUCUCAGGAGUGGAGAUGGUAGCGGAGACUCAUGUCUGCUUUUGUCUGUCCCGUCUGUUGGUGUCGAGUGUGUCUUCUUGUUCUUUGCGCGGCUCAUCCUGGCCCUCCCCGAGUCACGAGCGUCUGAGCUGCUGCGGCCCUUUGCCUGGGCACGCCGAAGGGGCCCCCAGGGGCCCCCUGGGGCCCCUGAGGCUGCCUAGCUUUGGGGAUGGAGAUGCCUCUGGGGCUGUUUCGGAGGCCCAGUGGGUUUCUUCUCGGCCGCGGGCUUCGCCGAACUUGGAAGGCCAAGACGGCAGCCCCGAGGCCUUGGCCCAGCAGCAGCAGCAGCAGCAGCAGCAACCUGUGCGCUACCCCGGCGGCGCCCCACGAGAAGGCCCACAGAUCCUCUCCCAGCCUCUCGCAGAGCCCGCAGACUUGCAAAGACUGCUGCGGCUUUUCGUGGGGAGAGAGAGGCAGCUGCGGAGCAUUUUGUUGCGCUCAAGGGGCCCCUUGGGGGAGGGGAGGCCCCCCGAAGUCUCCAGCAGACGGCAGCCGCCGUCUUCGCCAGCUGAAGCAGCAGCAGCAGCAGCAACAGCAGCAGCGGCAACGGCGGCAGCAGCAGCAACAGCAGCCGAUGCGCCUGAUGACCCAGGCGCCUUGUUCCUUGAAUGGCUUUCUCCGCAGCCUCUGCUGAUUCCUGAGCAGGGCGCUGCCGCAAUCGCUUCCAAGUUCCUUGCAGCUGGGGCUUCUCCCGAGACAGCAGCAGCAGCAGCAGCAGUAGCAGCAGCAGGGGGCUCCCCCCCCAUCCUCGAGGACUGCCUGGCUGCGUCAGUGGGCAAAACGGGGGCCCCCGUGCCUGCCUGCGCGGUGCCGCGGGCGCUGCUGCCUCUGCAGCAGCGGCUCAGCAGCAUUUUCGGGGCAGCAGCGUCGCUGGGGUCUCUGGAGAGCAGCAGAGAAAGCAGCAAAGAAGCAGCAGAAGGGGGGCUGGGGGCCUGGGCCCUGGCGGACGAGUCGCCGGCCUUUUCGGGGUCUUUGGGUGCCCUUUGGGGUCCCCAGGAGAGCCAGAGAAGCUUCGAAAGGCCCGGAGAAGCAGCAGCAAGUGCUUGGGACUUGUUGGUGGAGAGUGUGGGGCAGCAGCCGGGAACCCAGGGGCGGCGCCCGCUGUGGGCCUGGCAGACGCUGGAGCAGCAGCUCCAGCAGCAGCUGCAGCAGCAGCUGCUGCAGCCCGGGCACUUAGUCGACUGCCUCCGGGGGGCAAAGGGCAGGCUCCUCAGGGGCCUCCCCCAAGCCUUCGGGGGCCCCUGCCAGGCCCCUGGGGCUGCCGAAGCUGCGGAGGCCCUCCAGGGGCCCAGCUACUGCAGGGGUUCUGCUGCUUACUGCGAAAUGGGGAGUUUGCUGCGCACGCUGCUGCAGGUGGCUCGCCGGCAGGCGCGGCCGCGCGUGCAGCAGCAGCAGCAGCAGCAGCUGCUGCUGCAACCGGCGCGCAGAGGCGCGCUGCAGCUCGAAGAGCAACACAGUAGUGGCCGCGAGGCCCUGGAGGAGUCUUCAAACAUUAAAGAAACACUGGCCCUGGAAGCUGUGGCCCAGGCCCUAGAUGGUCUUUUGCUGCUGGCCCUCCACGGGAGCACUUUGACUUGUCUUUUGGAGUUCCUUCUGACUCUCAUGGAGACUGUCGACUACUUGCAGCAGGGCGACGAGGGCUGCCCGCAAAGCAGCAGCAGCGGCAGCAGCAGCAACAGCAGGGCCGCGGAGGAGGCGCUGCUGGCGCAGGAGCCCAGGUUUGCGUUCCCCUCUCUGGACGCGCUGGAGCUGCUGGCUGUGCAGUCGCGCUGCUGGUUUGCUGCUCCUUCGGAUGGCCACAAAACUUAUGUUGUGGGGUGCAAGAGGGGCCCCCCUGGGGUUCUUUGCCGGUGCUUUCCAACUCUUUGGGGACUUCGGGGGCCUCCAUAA